AUUAGCAAAUUGUUGAUAUCAAAAAAGAAAAAAGAAAAAAUCGAAUCGUCGUUUCUCAAUCGAGAAGAGAAGAAGGAUGUCACUAAAACCAAAAAGAGUGGAUUUUAACCAAACGUGGAACGCGUUGCAAGAGACUGUCAAAGGAGUGAUAACGCUAGCAAAUAUUCCACGCGCCACAUGGAACGAUAGAUUUAGCGAUGUCUAUUCCCUGUGCGUUGCUUAUCCGGAACCACUUGCGGAUCGUUUGUACAACGAGACAAAAAGGUUUUUGAUCAAUCAUGUUGAACUCAUGCUGGUGCAGGUUUCCAAUGAGAAGCAGGAUAUGCUACAGGCUUAUUAUCGAGCCUGGAUGGAGUAUUCCCAGGGCAUUUACUAUCUGCAUAGCUUGUACUUAUAUCUAAAUCAACAACACAUUAAGAAGCAAAAACUUUCGGAGGCGGAACUCAUUUAUGGCGUAAAUUCUAACAAUGACGAUGAAUGUCAGGAACAGAUGGAGAUCGGCGAGCUGGGUCUGGACAUUUGGAAGAGGAAGAUGAUAAUGCCGCUUAAAGACAAGCUUGUUUCUCUUCUGCUUGUGUGUAUCGACGCCGACAGAGAUUCCAAGUAUGAACUCGCGCCUGACGAUGUUAUCGAUGUUAUUUGCGGUGUCAUAGACAGUUUCGUUCAGGUGGAAAAAUACAAGAUGAAGGGACAAUUAAAUCUGUAUCAAGAAAUUUUCGAAGAACCUUAUUUGCAAGCAAGCGGAGUGUUUUAUACGGCGGAGGCGGCGUUGUUGCUGCAGCAGUCGAACGUUACGCGUUACAUGGAAAAAGUCACGUGGAGACUCAAUCAAGAGGAGCAACGUGCGCAUAAAUUUCUUCAUUACAGUUCUAUACCAAAAGUGAGAGAAUGUUGCGAGAAGAAGAUGAUAGCCGCGCAAGCUGCCUGGCUUCACAUGGAAGCGGAAACUAUGAUAAAAAACGAAAGUAUACGCGGCCUGGCGCUUCUUUAUCCGUUGCUUAAACCUUUGCCAGGAGGUUUGGAUCCGCUUAUACAAAAACUAACUCAACACAUUAUUCAACAAGGAUUGCACGCAAUUGGGUCUUUGCAAGGAGAAAAUGUGUACACCCAAUUUGUGGAAAAUAUGCUAAAAGUACACUCUAAAUACUCGGAAUUGAUUAGGGACGUAUUCAAAUCGGAUCAAAGUUUUGUGAGCGCCCUCGAUAAAGCGUGUUCCGCCAUUGUGAAUUGCAGGCCCGCUCCAAAGCAACCGGUCCGAGCGCCAGAAUUGCUGGCGAAAUAUUGCGACUCUCUGUUAAAAAAAUCUCCAAAGGCAGCUUCGGAGAGCGAAAUCGAAGACAAAUUGAAACGGUCGAUAACCGUGUUCAAAUACGUGGACGACAAGGACGUGUUUCAGAAGUUUUAUUCGCGAAUGCUGGCGAAACGAUUGAUACAUCAGCAAUCGCAGUCCAUGGACGCCGAGGAAAUGAUGAUCGAUGAUCUGAAACGAGCGUGCGGUUACGAGUUUACGAACAAACUUCACAGAAUGUUCACGGACAUGUCUGUCUCGGCGGAUCUGAACGCGAAAUUUACGGCGUCUUUGCGAGAAAACGGAGACGGUGAGAACCAAUUGGGCACCGGUUUCGGGGUGAAGGUGUUGCAAGCCGGCGCUUGGCCGCUCGGAUUACCGCCAUCGGCAGGCCCGUUUCAUAUUCCGCAGCAAUUGGAAAAAUCCAUACAAGCGUUCGAGACAUUUUAUCACAUGCAAUUUAGCGGUCGCAAGUUAACGUGGUUGCAUCAUCUGAGUCAGGGCGAAUUAAAAUUCAACUACUUGAAGAAACCGUAUUUAGUCACCGUGCAAACUUAUCAAAUGGCAUUGUUGUUACUUUUCGAACAAUGCGAUUCGAUACCGUGCCGCGAAGCAGCGACGUCAUUGCAUCUGUCCCAUGAACAAUUAAUCAAACACGCCGGCAGUCUCGUUGACUGCAAAAUUCUAAACAAAUCAUCGACCGGCGAUCUGGAAGAGGACACAGUGCUCGAGCUAAAUUUUGAUUACUCCAACAAAAGAACUAAGUUUCGUGUGACAGGUGCGUUGCAGCGGGACGCGCCCCAAGACGCGGAGGCCACGCAUCGCAGUGUGGACGAGGACCGGAAAAUGUUCUUGCAAGCGGCCAUAGUUCGUAUCAUGAAAAGCCGCAAGCUGUUGAGACACAAUCAACUUAUACAGGAGGUGCUGAGUCAGUCGAAAGUUACGUUUGCGCCUUCUAUCGGAAUGAUCAAAAAGUGUAUCGAAACUCUGAUCGAUAAACAGUACAUCGAACGUACUGCAAACAGCGCGGAUGAGUACUCGUAUAUUGCGUAACCUUCUAACGUUUGCCACUAAUUUAUUUGAUUCAAAAAAAAACAAAAAAACAAAAAAAAAAAACUAUGUCUCAAAAACGUUCUAUUGAGAAUUACAAAACAAAUCCUGACUGAUACCGAUCGAAUGAGUUAUUGGAAGUGUUCAGCUCGGUCUCGAAAAAAAAAAACAAAAAAAAAAAAGAAAAGCUCCAUCACGUGAAAACUCGAAAGAAUUUUUUUUAGUGAAUUUCGCGAGAGAUCAGGAAGAGUUGUCUCUAGAUAGGUUGCUUCGCUCUUAGGAUCAAUUAACCUUACUUUAAUGACUUGUAAUAUAUGCACUGAAUAAAGAUGACGUUACUAUUUUA